AACUUGCAACGUUUACUUUUUUUUUGGUCAAAGUGGCUGGCUAUCAAUUAGUCUUACUAGUCUUUUUCCUUCUUUUAUUUCUAGCUUGAAGGGGAGAUGAAAUGGUGAUUUAACUAGACAAAUUAUAACCCUCAAACUCCAACACUAUGCUGGUUUUCAUGGGUUUCUCUUUUCAUCUAUUAGCGAUUUCAACGGUUUUAGCAUUAGUUCUGUGGUACACUUUACGCAGGGUGAGAGAGAGUAGGCGCAAAACUGAAAAGGGUUUGCAGGCACCUGAACCAUCUGGUGCGUUGCCACUUAUAGGCCAUCUCCAUCUAUUAGGGGCACAAAAGACGCUUGCUCGAACAUUGGCUGCCAUAGCAGAUAAAUAUGGUCCCAUCUUCACAAUUCGGCUGGGAAAGCACCCUACAGUUGUGGUUAGCAAUCUUGAGGCAAUUAAGGAGUGCUUCACAACACAUGAUAGGAUUUUAUCAUCCAGGCCAAGAUCAAGUCACGGGGAGUACCUAAGCUACAAUUAUGCAGCAUUUGGUUUCACAAAUUCGGGUCCUUUUUGGCGUGAAAUGCGUAAGAUAGUCACGAUUCAACUCCUUUCCAGCCAUAGGCUCAAGUCUUUGAGGCAUGUUCAGGUCUCAGAGGUGAAUACCUUGAUCAAUGACUUGUACUUGCUCAGCAAGAGCAAUAAGCAAGGCUCGACCAAGAUAGUCAUUAGUGAAUGUUUUGAGCGGAUGACAAUAAAUAUGAUCACAAGAAUGAUUGCAGGAAAGAGAUACUUCAGUAGUACGGAAGCUGAAAAAGAAGAAGGAAAACGUAUUGGAAAACUCAUGAAGGAGUUCAUGUAUAUUUCCGGUGUCUUUGUCCCUUCGGAUUUAAUUCCAUUUCUUGGAUGGAUUAAUAAUUUUCUUGGAUCCGUGAAAACUAUGAAGCGUCUUUCGAGGGAACUGGAUUCCCUUAUGGAAAGUUGGAUUCAAGAACAUAAAUUGAAGAGGCUCGAGAGUACUGAGAACACUAACAAAAUGGACGACGACGACUUCAUAGAUGUGAUGCUAUCCCUACUGGAUGAUUCCAUGUCUGGCUAUUCUCGCGAAACAAUUAUCAAGGCAACAGCAAUGGACCAGGAUGUGUUAUUUCUACAUGAGCAGACUCUUAUCAUAGCAGGUGCCGAUACCACAUCUAUCACCCUGACAUGGAUCUUAUCCAAUUUGUUGAACAAUAGACGGUCAUUGCAGCUUGCCCAAGAAGAGCUAGACCUCAAAGUUGGCAGGGAAAGAUGGGCAGAGGACUCUGAUAUUGGGAACUUAGUGUACAUCCAAGCCAUUAUCAAAGAGACAUUGCGCUUGUACCCACCAGGUCCUUUGUCAGUUCCACAUGAGGCAACAGAAGAUUUUUGUGUUGCCGGAUAUCACAUGCCAAAGGGCACUCGUCUGUUUACAAAUUUAUGGAAGCUGCAUCGGGACCCAAAUUUGUGGUCUAAUCCUGAUGAAUAUAUGCCAGAAAGAUUUCUCAAUGAUCACGCAAAUUUAGAUGUUUUAGGUCACCAUUUUGAGUUGAUUCCAUUUGGCUCGGGAAGACGGUCUUGUCCUGGUAUCACAUUUGCAUUGCAAGUGCUUCAUUUGACGUUUGCCAGAUUGCUUCAGGGUUUUGACAUGAAAACACCAAGGGGUGAAUCAGUGGACAUGACAGAGGGCGUAGCUAUAACCUUGCCUAAGGCGACUCCUUUGGAAAUUCAUAUCACCCCACGCCUCUCUCCUGAACUCUACUACUAUGAGUGCUAAAUGCUAACGCAAAGCUGAGGCAACACAAUCUAUCUCGUCUCCAGCUAUGUUAUGUUGCAUGUUUCUUGAUAGGGCAAUGUCCAUGAAUGUUAUUUAUUUAUUUGAAUGUGAUCUCAGUUUUAUUAA